GCGGGGUCGCGCCCGGCCCGGCCAUGUGGACCCCCACGGAGGAAGAGAAAUACGGCGUAGUGAUAUGCAGCUUUCGAGGAUCUGUCCCUCAAGGAUUGGUCUUAGAAAUAGGAGAAACAGUCCAGAUUCUUGAAAAAUGUGAAGGUUGGUAUAGAGGAGUUUCAACAAAGAAGCCAAAUGUAAAGGGGAUCUUUCCUGCAAAUUACAUUCAUUUGAAAAAAGCAAUUGUCAGUAAUAGGGGGCAGUAUGAAACUGUGGUUCCACUUGAAGAUUCUAUUGUGACUGAAGUUACAGCAACUCUGCAAGAAUGGGCCAGUCUGUGGAAACAACUCUAUGUGAAACAUAAAGUAGAUCUUUUCUACAAGCUACGCCAUGUGAUGAAUGAACUUAUUGACCUUCGAAGGCAGCUCCUGUCUGGUCACCUGACUCAGGAUCAGGUGCGGGAGGUUAAGCGGCACAUCACCGUGCGCCUGGACUGGGGCAAUGAGCAUUUGGGCCUGGACCUGGUGCCUCGAAAGGACUUUGAAGUAGUGGAUGCAGACCAGAUUAGUGUCUCAGAUCUCUAUAAAAUGCAUUUAUCUAGCCGGCAGAGCGUACAGCAAAGCACAUCUCAGGUAGAUACAAUGCGCCCACGACAUGGGGAAACCUGCCGGAUACCAGUGCCACAUCACUUCUUCCUCAGUCUGAAGAGUUUCACCUACAAUACCAUUGGGGAAGAUACUGAUGUCUUCUUUUCCUUGUAUGAUAUGAGAGAAGGCAAGCAGAUCAGUGAGCGGUUUCUGGUGAGACUGAACAAGAAUGGUGGGCCAAGGAACCCAGAGAAGAUAGAACGAAUGUGUGCCCUUUUUACAGAUCUGAGCAGCAAAGAUAUGAAGAGAGAUUUAUAUAUAGUUGCCCAUGUGAUACGAAUAGGCCGGAUGCUCCUGAAUGACUCAAAGAAGGGCCCUGCUCAUCUGCACUAUCGGCGGCCGUAUGGCUGUGCAGUCCUAAGCAUCCUGGAUGUCCUGCAGUCGCUCACAGAAUUAAAGGAAGAGAAGGAUUUUGUUCUUAAGGUUUACACGUGCAACAACGAGAGUGAGUGGUCCCAGAUCCACGAGAAUAUCAUCCGCAAGUCCAGCGCCAAGUACUCUGCCCCUAGCGCCAGUCAUGGUCUUAUCAUUUCUCUGCAGCUUCUUCGUGGAGACAUGGAACAGAUUAGGAGAGAAAAUCCUAUGAUAUUUAAUAGGGGAUUGGCAAUUACAAGAAAAUUGGGAUUUCCUGAUGUCAUCAUGCCAGGUGAUAUCCGCAAUGACCUGUACCUAACCCUGGAGAAGGGGGACUUCGAGAGAGGGGGAAAGAGUGUACAGAAGAAUAUUGAAGUGACCAUGUAUGUGCUUUACGCAGAUGGAGAAAUCUUGAAGGAUUGCAUCAGCUUGGGUUCAGGAGAGCCGAAUAGGAGUUCCUACCACUCCUUUGUCCUCUACCACAGUAAUAGUCCUCGCUGGGGAGAAAUUAUCAAAUUGCCCAUCCCCAUUGACCGGUUCCGGGGCUCCCACCUGCGCUUCGAGUUCAGACACUGUUCCACAAAGGACAAAGGGGAAAAGAAACUCUUUGGCUUUGCAUUCUCACCCCUGAUGCGGGACGACGGCACCACCCUCUCAGAUGAUAUCCACGAGCUCUAUGUGUACAAGUGUGAUGAGAAUAGCACGUUUAACAACCAUGCUCUGUACCUGGGCCUGCCCUGCUGCAAAGAGGACUAUAACGGCUGCCCUAACAUCCCCUCCAGCCUCAUCUUCCAACGCAGCACCAAAGAGUCUUUCUUCAUUUCCACACAGCUCUCCUCCACCAAACUCACCCAGAAUGUGGACCUCCUUGCUCUGCUGAAAUGGAAGGCCUUUCCAGACCGGAUCAUGGACAUCCUAGGGCGGCUGAGGCAUGUCAGUGGGGAGGAAAUUGUUAAGUUUCUACAGGACAUCUUAGAUACGCUGUUUGUGAUUUUGGAUGAUAAUACAGAGAAAUAUGGCCUGUUGGUGUUUCAGUCUUUGGUAUUCAUCAUCAACCUGCUCCGAGACAUCAAAUAUUUCCACUUCCGACCUGUAAUGGACACAUACAUCCAGAAGCACUUUGCUGGAGCCCUGGCAUACAAGGAGCUAAUCCGCUGUUUGAAGUGGUACAUGGACUGCUCAGCAGAACUGAUUCGGCAGGACCACAUUCAGGAAGCCAUGAGGGCCUUGGAGUACCUUUUCAAGUUUAUCGUGCAGUCAAGGAUCCUCUACUCACGUGCCACCUGUGGGAUGGAAGAGGAGCAAUUCCGGUCCAGCAUCCAAGAACUUUUCCAGUCCAUCCGGUUUGUGCUCAGUUUGGACAGCAGAAACUCAGAAACACUCCUUUUCACUCAGGCUGCGCUUCUCAAUUCCUUCCCAACGAUCUUUGAUGAGCUGCUGCAAAUGUUCACUGUGCAGGAGGUAGCAGAGUUUGUGAGAGGGACUCUGGGGAGCAUGCCCAGCACUGUGCACAUUGGGCAGUCAAUGGAUGUGGUCAAGCUGCAGUCCAUUGCCAGAACUGUGGAUAGCCGCCUAUUUUCUUUCUCAGAAUCCCGCCGCAUCCUGCUUCCUGUGGUUCUCCAUCACAUUCACCUUCACCUGAGGCAGCAGAAAGAGCUACUAAUCUGCUCAGGGAUUCUUGGCAGCAUCUUCUCCAUCGUCAAGACCAGCUCUCUGGGCGAGUAUGUGUCCUGCCUUCUCUCAUUGCUCCGCCAGAUGUGUGACACCCAUUACCAGCACCUCCUGGACAACUUCCAGAGCAAAGAUGAGCUCAAGGAAUUCCUGCUGAAGAUUUUCUGUGUGUUCCGGAACCUGAUGAAGAUGAGUGUCUUUCCUCGGGACUGGAUGGUGAUGAGACUUCUCACAAGCAAUAUUAUAGUCACUACAGUCCAGUACCUGUCUUCUGCACUGCACAAGAAUUUCACAGAGACAGACUUCGACUUUAAGGUGUGGAAUUCUUAUUUUAGCCUGGCAGUUCUGUUCAUAAAUCAGCCAAGCCUUCAGCUAGAAAUCAUUACUUCUACCAAGAGGAAGAAGAUUCUAGAUAAGUAUGGGGACAUGCGUGUGAUGAUGGCUUAUGAACUGUUCAGCAUGUGGCAGAAUUUGGGUGAACAUAAGAUCCACUUUAUUCCGGGAAUGAUUGGUCCUUUUCUGGGUGUGACACUGGUCCCACAGCCAGAAGUGCGGAAUAUCAUGAUUCCCAUCUUUCAUGACAUGAUGGACUGGGAGCAAAGGAAAAAUGGCAACUUCAAACAGGUGGAGGCCGAGCUGAUUGACAAGCUGGACAGCAUGGUGUCAGAAGGGAAAGGCGAUGAGAGCUACAGGGAGCUCUUCAGCCUGCUCCUGCUGGAGAAAGUUGAACAGGAAACAUGGCGCGAGACCGGCAUUUCCUUUGUAACCUCGGUCACCCGCCUCAUGGAACGCCUUCUUGACUACAGGGAUUGCAUGAAAGGAGAGGAGACAGAGAAUAAGAAGAUCGGCUGCACUGUUAACCUGAUGAACUUUUACAAAUCUGAGAUUAACAAAGAAGAGAUGUAUAUCCGCUAUAUCCAUAAGCUUUGUGACAUGCAUUUGCAGGCCGAAAACUACACAGAGGCUGCAUUCACUCUGCUCCUCUACUGUGAGCUGCUGCAGUGGGAGGAAAGGCCACUGCGGGAAUUCCUCCAUUACCCAUCCCAGACAGAGUGGCAGCGGAAAGAGGGACUGUGCCGCAAGAUCAUCCACUACUUCAACAAAGGCAAGAGUUGGGAGUUUGGGAUCCCACUGUGCAGGGAGCUGGCGUGUCAGUAUGAGAGCCUCUAUGAUUAUCAGAGCCUCAGCUGGAUUCGGAAAAUGGAGGCCAGCUACUAUGACAACAUCAUGGAGCAGCAACGCCUGGAGCCUGAGUUCUUUCGGGUCGGCUUCUAUGGCAGGAAGUUUCCUUUUUUCCUUCGGAACAAAGAAUACGUGUGCCGUGGCCACGACUACGAGAGGCUGGAGGCCUUCCAGCAGAGGAUGCUCAGCGAGUUCCCACAGGCUGUCGCCAUGCAGCACCCCAACCACCCUGACGACACCAUCCUGCAAUGUGAUGCCCAGUACUUGCAGAUCUAUGCAGUGACGCCCAUUCCAGAUUAUGUGGACGUCCUGCAGAUGGACAGGGUCCCAGAUCGCGUCAAGAGCUUCUACCGCGUCAACAAUGUGAGGAAGUUCCGGUACGACAGGCCUUUUCACAAAGGCCCCAAGGACAAGGAGAAUGAAUUCAAGAGCCUGUGGAUCGAGCGUACAACGCUGACCCUGACCCACAGCUUGCCUGGCAUCUCUCGGUGGUUCGAAGUGGAGAGGAGGGAGCUGGUGGAGGUGAGCCCCCUGGAGAAUGCCAUCCAAGUGGUUGAGAAUAAGAACCAGGAGCUGCGGGCCCUGAUCAGCCAGUAUCAGCACAAGCAGGUGCAUGGCAACAUCAACCUGCUCAGCAUGUGCCUGAAUGGCGUCAUUGACGCCGCUGUCAACGGAGGCAUUGCACGCUACCAAGAGGCCUUCUUUGAUAAAGAUUACAUCACCAAGCACCCAGGGGAUGCUGAGAAGAUCACUCAGCUCAAGGAACUCAUGCAAGAGCAGGUUCAUGUUCUUGGAGUCGGGCUGGCAGUUCAUGAGAAGUUUGUGCACCCAGAAAUGCGCCCUCUGCAUAAGAAGCUUAUUGAUCAGUUCCAGAUGAUGCGGGCCAGUCUCUACCAUGAGUUUCCGGGUUUGGACAAGCUAAGUCCUGCAUGUUCAGGCACCAGCACCCCACGGGGAAAUGUCCUAGCAUCCCAUAGCCCCAUGAGCCCAGAGAACAUCAAGAUGACCCACCGGCACAGCCCCAUGAACUUGAUGGGGACCGGCCGCCAUUCAUCAUCCUCUCUCUCCUCACACACAUCUAGCGAAGCUGGAAACGUGGUGAUGUUGGGUGACAGCUCCAUGGGUGAGGCUCCUGAGGACCUGUACCAUCACAUGCAGCUCGCGUAUCCCAACCCCAGGUACCAGGGCUCAGUCACCAACGUCUCUGUUCUGUCCUCGUCCCAGGCAAGCCCUUCUUCCUCCAGCCUGAGUUCCACUCACUCAGCACCAUCCCAGAUGAUUACCUCUGCCCCUUCCAGUGCCCGAGGCUCUCCCUCUCUGCCAGAUAAGUACCGCCAUGCCCGGGAAAUGAUGUUGCUGCUGCCCACACACCGGGAUCGCCCCAGCAGUGCCAUGUAUCCAGCAGCCAUCCUGGAGAACGGACAGCUGCCAAACUUCCAGCGGGCCCUGUUCCAGCAAGUGGUUGGAGCCUGCAAACCCUGCAGUGAUCCCAAUCUGUCUGUGGCUGAAAAAGCGGUGCCAGCAGCCCCCAGCAGCUGGAGCCUGGAUAGCGGAGCCCGAGAGGCCCAGCCCUUCCUGUCUGCCCACACGGGGUGCAUCCUGGCCCCCCCAGUGCCUCCCCGAAGCCUGCUGCAUGGUCAUUACUCCCUACACUUUGACGCCUUCCACCACCCCCUGGGUGACACCCCCCCGGCCCUCCCAGCCCGGACCCUGCGCAAGUCUCCUCUCCACCCUAUCCCAGCCUCCCCCACAAGCCCCCAGUCGGGCCUGGAUGGCAGCAACUCUACGCUGUCUGGCAGUGCCAGCAGCGGUGUGUCUUCCCUAAGCGAGAGUAACUUUGGGCACUCCUCGGAGGCCCCUCCUCGAACCGACACCAUGGACUCCGUGCCGAGCCAGGCCUGGAAUGCUGACGACGAUCUUGAGCCACCCUACCUCCCUGUCCACUACAGCCUCUCCGAGUCCGCUGUUCUGGACUCCAUCAAGGCCCAGCCGUGCCGAAGCCACUCAGCCCCGGGAUGUGUCAUCCCUCAGGACCCCAUGGACCCACCUGCGCUGCCACCCAAGCCCUACCACCCCCGCCUGCCGGCCCUGGAGCACGACGAAGGUGUGCUGCUGCGCGAGGAGACCGAGAGGCCUCGGGGCCUGCAUCGCAAGGCCUCGCUGCCUCCUGGGAGCACCAAGGAAGAGCAGGCUCGCAUGGCCUGGGAGCACAGCCGAGGGGAACAGUGAGGGGCAGGGAGGCAGCUGGGACACCACGCUCGGUGAGCAGCUUUCCCCACCGCUCCAGUCUGAAAAGCAAGUCCCCCGCAGGGAGCCAGAGAGGCCUGGCACUCAGGAGAGAACCACCCCGAGUCUACAUUCUACUGCCGUGAACUCGUGUGUUGCCAUGUACAGAGGCCACAGCAGCAUGAAGGGUUGUGGCUUCUCUUUUUAUUUCAUUUUCUACAUUCCAUUUCUAUGGGUUUUCCUUUUUCCUUUGUGGAAUAGAUGCUUUCUUCCUCCUGCAGUUCCAGAUGAUGUGGAGCUCUAUGGAGAUAUUGCACAGACAGAAUCGAUUGCUUUGCAGGGCCCAGGGGUGUAGGAGCCCAGGCCCUCCCUCCAGGGAAGAGAUGCACAGAAUGGAAAUUGCACUAGGGACCUCUUCCUUUGCUGUGUGGACAGAAGAGCUCACGGUUGUAUUCAGGGAUUGCAAGGACCACGUUGACUAUGUCACCAGUGGACAAGGGGGCUACAAGCCAUUUUGCACAAAUGUCUGCCCACCUGCUCCCUCUUCCAUCCAGGAGUGUGCAACUGAGAGGCUGGCUAGGCCAACCUGCCAGCUCAGGCAUGUGACCUGGCCUAACUGCAUGCCCAGGGCAUACUGCCAGGCUUCCGUGGGCCAGCCCUGCCUCCUACUCUACCUUGGAUUUUUCCCUCCAUCGUUUUUAUUUCUGACCCUUUGCCCCUCUCCACUCUUAAUACACCCUGUGCCCUGCAGGAGCCCCCUUGGUGCAUGGAUCUGCAGUGGUUAUCUCCUACCCUCUGGAGCUUGAGUGGGGGUGUAGCGCCAGAGGGACUACCCUCGCCACCUUCCUCCCCAGGGCCCGGGCAGCCACGUGUUGAGAAACAAGCUGAUACAGGAGUGAGGCUGGGGUGUGGCAGGGGCCGGAAAUCCUCUAGGCUUUCAGAAGUGGCCAGGGUGCCUGUCAUCAGCUCCUGAAUCAGGGAUUUUCAGCACUACCUCCAAGCAGUGGGGUUGGCUGCCCAGCCAGGAUUCUAAGGCCUGAGGACUUGUGGUCAGGUUCAGCAAGCUCCUGGGUAAAAAGGGUGGGAGGGAGCUUCUCCUCUUAGAAGCAGAGAGCCACGCAGGUUGAAUUAACCUCUCCCAGUAGCCAAGUGCAGGGCCUCAGCUCCAGGCCCGUGGGGACCACCACUCAGGGUUCAGGGCAGGCAGGAGGGCAGUUUCUCCAGCCUCCCCAGUCUGUUGGGCAGAAGGCAGUGGUGUCUUCAUAGGAAACUUUCAGGUCAGGGCACCGAUUUUCCUCUUGGUUUAUUAUUUGGGGGAAUGGG